ACUAUUUUCUUUCAACCACAGUUCCGACACCAAACUGCUCAAAACAAGGUCUGUGGACUAUCUUGAGUAACCGGGUCAGGAUUUCUGGAAAAAGACACUGCUGUUUCCUUUUUCACAUGUAUUUUUAUCGGCACUUUAUGCACGACAAGCCGAUUGAUAUAGUUACAUUAUAUUUGGGGGACGGUAGAUUGCUCUAUGGCCGAUACCUCCAAAACUACAGGCAACUCACACCAAAACAAGCUAGAUUGAUAAAUAGCAUUAAAGGUAAGAGGGAAAAUAUGUGUUUUUGAUUAUGGGUUGAACCGUCCCUUUAAGAGUUCAAGUAAAUAUUAAGACUUUAGGUAUAGAAAGACUUGUCGACUUGUAUCAACCCAUUUAGCCCAUUUAUGAUACAUGAUGUUUUGCCAUUUCUUAUUAUGAAGCAUCUUUUUUUUUAUGACACAAACCCCAGCUGGUCCACAUAACCAUCACUUCCUGUGACUCAGACUCUAAAAGGUGCUCUUCAUCUCUGCCCCUCAGACUCUUACGCAUGUGAUUAUGUUGUGAGAAGUACUCUUUCCAUGAUUAUUGCAGUUGGAGGGAGACGUUUUGCGUCAUUCUAGACUGUGAAAUCGCUUUCUCUCGGCUGAUUGCUGCGCUGCUCCUGCAAGCAAGACACUUAAUUGUCCUCGUACUUUUGAGCGCAGACUUGUCACUGGCAAAAAGACGCUCUGAGGAGGACCAAUCAGUCUGAUUCAGGAGCAGGUCAGGCGAUGGUUCAGUGUCCUUCAGGAUCUCUAUGUGCCACAAGAAGACUUCUGCUUCAAGCCUUUUACAAAGAUGAAGACUGAGGGGAUGUGGGAAGGCUGAUGUGUCAGUGAUGCACGAAUUGAAGAUUUAUGCAAAGAGGCAUUUCAAUUAUAUUUGUAUGAGCAACAGGUGGCGAAAGAACAAAGCAGAGUUUAUAAGUACGCCACAUUUUGUUUACGUACUAUUCCUGACAAAAGGAAAGAGAUAAAUCCACCUUGGAAGUAUUUCUUGAAAGCAUUGUUGAAGGAAUGUUUUUUUUAUUGACUAUUUUGUCUCAGAUCCAGCGUCUGAAACACCAGCACAGAGCGUUCAGGCUCUCAGCUCUCUGGCAAAAAUAUUUUGUGUAGAGGAUGAAAGGAAACAUGAAUAUGCUUCACUCACCCUGCCUAAUGAGGAUGAGAGGGAUGUAAUUGGAAAGGAACUUUUUUUUACUCAAAAUCCCACUUAAUAAGUAAAGUGUUGCAUGAGUGGCCUGGUCUAUCAAAUUAGAAAAAGACAUUUGUGUGUCAAAGCUUGGCUUGUAUUUGAUUUUCUCUGAUUUGCUGAUUUGAUUUUAAAGGCAAAUACAGAUCUCAAGGAAUGCAAGAUUAGUAAAGGACAAACUAAUGUUUCUUGAGAAAUGCUGGUUACUGCUUGAAAUCCAUCAAAUUAAAUAGACUGAGAAGCAACUUGUCGUUUUAAAUACUUGUUUUUUUUUAUGGAUUUAACAAACAGGAUAUAAGGUGUUAGUUAGCUUUAGUAGAUCUGGUAGGCGUGUUAUGUCACCUUUGGACAGAGCCAGGUUAGCGUUUUCCCUCUGUGUACAGUCUUAUGCUAAGCUAAGCUAACCAACUACUGGCUGGAGUUUAGGUUUUCUUGUCUAACUCUCAGCGAGAAAGUGAAAAAGCAAACUACGUAUAUUUUAAACUAAAUAUACUUUUUAGACCACAAUCCCACUGCUAGUGCCUUAAUCCUGCAUUUCUAAAUAUAAAAUUCCCAUGAUUCAAUAAGCCGUGUUUGACAUGGCGCUCCUCCUAUAUGACUUUCUUUUUGUGCUCCUUGAAGCCACCCCUGGGUGCAGUGUCAUGCUCAAUAAACUGCUCCUGUCAGAAGCACUUUGCUGAGUCGCUGUAGAGGUGCAGCUCUCCGAACCCCCCCUUCCCUCGGAGAAAAGCGGCCUGUUUCAAAAAUGAUUGGCCUCACAAUAGAAGCACAAACUCGGAGGAUAGCUAGAGGGGUCCCACUCUUAAUUUGUUGUGAUGAUGUGCCCGUCCUCCCAACAUCAGCUCCGCUGCCUCGGGUCCAGUACAGCCAUCCUCGGUGAGUAAAGGAUCGCUGGCCUGUUGCUGCAGCCUGUGCUUAGAAGCCGAUAUUAAAUGUAACAAGAGUCUCAGCUUGUUAGGACACCAUGGAUUCAGAAAUGUGAACUUUAAUCUGAAUACCUUUUUUUUGAUCAGAGAGGGAUGAGAUUAGGCUGAUUCAGCAAAAACACAAGCCAGUUGGACAUCUCUGUCUUGGUGGAGUCAAAAACUUGUAAGUGGCCUUUUUUGCUUGGUCAUCAGCUUUUAUGAUUGAACAUUUCUUUGCGUGAUAUACUACGACUUUUUAUGACUAUUUAGUGGCAUACUAAACUCUAACGUUUUAUGACAUUCUAUAGAGAGUACACAAGAAAUAGUCCUAAAACCUGGGAAUGAGUUAGCAUUUCUGCACUUUUGAUUCCCUCAAGUCAGGUGCAUUAAGGUGAUACUUUCCCUCAUUGCACUUUGUGAAAGUCUACAUUGUGAUGUUGAUUCACCACAGACAACUCUAAAUUGUCUUAUUCUAGAGCCUGGUGUAGUAAAAAGAAAAACAACGUUAUUAAUUUCUCAGCGUUGGGUUCAGGCUGCAACUUGGCAUCUAGUUGCUUUUAUUUGAUCUUUCAUUGCGAUUGGAGUCCAGAGUGUUUUGACUCGUGGGUUGUCUGCCACAUUAUUUCUGUGUUCUAUUUACAGUCCAACAAGAAAAGUAGGACUCUGUGGAACACUUUCAUAGAGUUUACUGAUAUAUCUGUCCUUUGUUAGGACUACAUGUUCUUAAUUGGUUGGACUGGGUUUCCUCUCAUAUCCUGAAGAUACGAAACUACUAGUGUUCAAAAUAGUGUGUACGCGUUGUAGGACCACAUCUAAUGACACAAAAAGUGUGUAAAUACACAAAAUACAUGUAAUUGUUGACUCAUCUUUUUUGUCCUACAGAGACAUGCUGUGUUGCUGAAUGGGUGACAAGCUCCCUGUCACCUCAUCAACCCUGUGAAGCCCCCGUCCCAUCUGGUUGUGCAGGGCAGGGUCCCCCAGCGAAGUGGCAGUGAUGUACCAGGAGGUGGCCUUCCUGGCGGGAAGCACUGAUCACCAGUUCACCCCCUUCCACUUCAAGCCUGUGGAGAACACGCGGGAGGUCGAAAGCAAAAAGGGCUUGUUCUACAAGCGAGCCCAGCUGCUGCUCCAGCCUCAGCCCCGCCAACAGGAUGGGGACGAGAUCGGCCUAACUGACGAGGCGGCCAUCAUCAAUGUGGGGGGGAUCAAGUACCGCAUCCCCUGGUCCACGCUGGAGGAGUUCCCUCUGACAAGACUGGGCAAGCUGCGCAGCUGCAGCAACGAGGCCGAGAUCAUGGACUUGUGCGACGACUACGACGGCAGCCGCAACGAGUACUUCUUCGACCGAAGCCCGUCGGCUUUCCGCACAAUCGUCUCUUUCUUGGCGGCGGGGAAGCUGCGGCUGCUCAGGGAGAUGUGCGCUCUGUCCUUCCAGGAGGAGCUGCUGUACUGGGGGGUGGAGGAGAACAACCUGGACUGGUGCUGCCUCAGGAAGCUGCGGCUCAGGCAGGAGGAGUACAAGGAGCUGCAGAGGUUGGAGGAGGAGGAGGCCGAGCUCACCUCGCCGCAGUCCUGCGAGGAGAGCCCGCAGCCUCCUGCAGGGCCGCAGGAAGAGGUCCAGACGGGGGGCUGCAUGCUAAGACUGAGGGACAUGGUGGAGAACCCCCAAUCCGGCCUGCCGGGGAAGAUCUUCGCCUGUCUGUCUGUGAUAUUUGUAGCCAUCACCGCAGUGACGCUGUGUGUCAGCACCAUGCCAGACCUCAGAGAGGAGGAGGAGAGGGGUGAGUGCUCCCAGAGGUGCUAUAACAUCUUUGUGCUGGAGACGGUGUGCGUUGCCUGGUUCUCCCUGGAGUUCACGCUGCGCUUCAUUCAGACGCAGAGCAAGUGCAUGUUUUUGCGAACGCCUCUAAACGUCAUCGACGUGGUGGCCAUCCUUCCCUACUACAUCACCCUCAUUGUGGACUCUCUGUCGGUGGGAGAGAAGCCUGCGGGCUCGGGGAACAACUACCUGGAGAAGGUGGGGUUAGUUCUCCGCGUCCUGCGAGCUCUACGGAUCUUCUACGUGAUGAGGUUGGCUCGCCAUUCCUUAGGCUUGCAGACGCUCGGGCUGACGGUGAGGAGGUGUACGCGUGAGUUCGGCCUGUUGCUGCUUUUCCUGUGCGUUGCCAUGGCUCUUUUCUCCCCACUGGUGUUCCUUGCUGAGAGCGAGCUGGGCGCCAAGCAGGAGUUCACAAGCAUCCCUGGCAGCUACUGGUGGGCCGUCAUCUCCAUGACCACGGUCGGCUACGGCGACAUGGUGCCCAGAAGCAUCCCCGGCCAGGUGGUGGCGCUCAGCAGCAUCCUGAGCGGCAUCCUCCUCAUGGCUUUCCCCGUCACGUCCAUCUUUCACACCUUCUCCCGCUCCUACUUGGAGCUGAAGGAGGAGCAGAUCCGCGCGCUGAGGCAGAAGCCCGACUCGCAGGACAGCACCAAGUCCCAGAACAGCGAAGACUCUCAGGAGACGGACAGCUACCACGGCAUCACGGGGGCCGCGGCCUCAUCCAUGCAUCGGAGGAAGUCCAUGGCUGCUCGCAGGGCUGCUGAGAUUAAAGCGGCCAUGACAACUUAGAGCUGCUCUGUCUGUCUGUGUUCAAGUGGCAGUCUGGGAGGCCGUGGCAGCCAGCGCGGGGACUUCCAAGUUGACAAGCUGCAGGACUGUGAGCAGGGAGGAGAUUUUCUUCUCUGGAGAUUGAGGUCUCUGCUUUGAUCGUGGGAAGCCGCUUGUGCACCAGAGUGUAUCUGAGUUUCUAAAGUUUUACGGAGGAGCUGCAGAGGUCUUUUUUUCCCUCCACAAAUUUGACUUAGAACUUAGAUAGUUCAACUACAUCAUUAAAGAACCAGUCGAAUGAGAAAAAAGUGACAGGAUUCUCUCUGACUGCGACUUAGACUUGAGACGAGUCUGAGAAAAACAGACACGAAAACAAGUUGUUUUUCAGACCUCAGACUUAUAAAUAAUGUUCCUCAUGUAGCUGCAUUUGAGAGGAUUGUCUGAAAUAAAGGUAUUUGCUGAGUUGUGAGACAUGUAGUUUAUUAUUGAUGUGCAACACCAUCUCCAUAUUGCAUUUUGCCAAACCAAAUAACUUUGUUAUAUAUAAGGUACACACAUGCACAUGAUGAUGUCAGCACAUUUAUUUGCAAUGAAGCAGAGCUUAUUAAUCUACGACAUAACACAAAACUAAUUUAUUUGUCAAAGGGCUAUGCACGCACUGGUGUAAAAAGUAUCUGGUUCCCAUGCUGGAGCUUUAAAAGAAUAGGAAGCCGUUUCAGGAAAUAGGCUUGUUCGCUUUUAUCAAGGUUUCAGCAAAGUUUUAGUUGUUGCCUUGUUAAAAAUGAUAUAUACGUAUAUCUGUUUGUCCAACUCUUUGGUCAGGAGCAACUGCCAUGCCGUGCAAAUUGCCGUGAAAUCUGGUAUGGCCACUCAUAUUUCCAUAGAGGUAUCUCCUAUUGAUUGUAGUGACCUCCUGAACUUUUGUGUUGCGUCAUCAUCAGGUCAAAUUUAUACUUUGUACUGUGGCAAACUACGUCUUUUUGUUGAAUAUGUUGGUCUUUUUUGCCCAAACCUCUACACAAAUCUGGAAGGUUUGUAUAUGUUUCAUUACAGUUAAAACCACCCAAAAUUCAAAUUACUACUCAUUUUAUGAGUGAUUACUUAGUAUCCUAGAUACUAACAGCACUAGUUGGAGCUACUGUAUCCUUUCGAGAGACAGAUGUUAGUGCCAGACGUCUUACCACAUUUUGAGCUAAAGUGACCAGUGGACACAAUAUUAAAAUAAAUAUCUUGAAUUAGAAUGAAACCGGCUAGAGAAGCACACUUACAAAUGUGUGUAAUCAUGUGUGAUUCUCUUCAAAGGGGCCGACUGACUGACAUCCACCGACAGUGAAAACAACGGACCCCAAAUGCUUAUGUCUAAAUUAUAUUUCAGAUUAUUGAUAAUUCUGAUAAUAAUUGAGGACUUUUUUCCAACAUACUUGUUCUGGAAGUGUUUUCUCUACAUACAGUAUUGUAGAUAAGACGUUCUUAUUGUGUUUGGUCCAUUUCAUUAUCUCAUGAUUUUGUUUCGCAAAUAAAUAGUCAAACAUCUUGCAUCAACAACAAUGUAAAACCUAUGCACAUGUUAUGUAAGCCACAUCUACAGUAUAAGAGACGGUCGUGGUUAAUGGCACAGUAAAAGAUUUAAAAAGCAAACAUAAGUCUUUCUCGGCUGGCACAUCUAUUAUCUGUGUACCGUCUCAUCUAUGUACCAGUGGAGAGCUUGAUGUGAGAGCCCCACGCAUUACAAUUUAUGUGCUUACUAUUUAGAUGGCCUAUAUGCCCAAAGACGGACCUCGACUGCUUGGCUUACGUAUUCUUCCUUUGACACUUGAUGUCUGCCAGAGCUGCAUCGCUGAUGGGGGCAACGAUCGAUGUCUGCAGGCCCGACACAAACAAAACAUGACUCGCGAAUCUCUCCAUGUCCUCUUUAUUGUGUGUCAAUGCCACAUUGGAUUCUCAACUUGGUGUUUAAACAAGUGUUGAUGGAUGUUACUAGUUAUUGACAUGGACAACUGGCACUUCAAAAGACAAAUCAAACACAAACCAAUGAUGUAACGUAGUAAAAAUGGCAUAAAAACUGAACAUACAGGUACUUAUAUUUUUGGUACAGUAACAAAACUAGGUGUUGGUUUCACAGAUACGACGAUGCAUAAGAUGGCAGUGUAUAUGAGCAAAUACCUCUUAUGUGAAUGUGAAUGGAUCAAACGGUACAAAACACAAUGUAAUAAAAAAAGAAAGUAAAAUCAGACACAAGGAAUGAAAGCGUAAAUAAAGUGAAACUCUUUUUGAUCACGUUGACCCCACCACUGCCUGAAUAAACAGCAAGCGUACAUUAUCUUACACUGGCAUUUAAAGAUUUAUAAAAAAUAAGAGUAACAAAAUACACAGGUUGACUAAACUGGUGUCAAACACAAAAAAAGUGCACACCCUCAACUAAGAAACCAAGGUGCAACCAUAUGUUCUUUUGUAUAUUUAAGA